CCCUUUAACAGCUCAGAACGGGUCCCUUUAAUCAGCCCGCUUCCGGUGCUGGUCAUUCAGUCCAAAAUGGCGGACCUCCUGGGCUCGAUCUUGAGCUCGAUGGAAAAACCUCCCACUGUCGGCGAUCAAGAGAGUCGACGGAAGGCCAGGGAACAAGCGGCCAGAAUGAAGAAGAUCCAGGAGGAGGAGAAGAAGAAGAAGGCAGAGUUCCGAAAAAGGAUGGAGAAGGAGGUGUCAAGUUUCAUCCAGGACAGCACUGUUCAGAAGAAAAAGUAUAACCCCAUGAGCAAAAUCGAAAGGAGCAUCCUCCACGACGUGGCGGAGGUCGCCGGCCUGACAUCCUUCUCGUUUGGUGAAGACGAGGAGAGCCGAUACGUCAUGAUCUUCAAGAAGGAGUUUGCUCCAUCAGAUGAGGAGUUGGAGGCGUACCGUAAGGGGGAGGAGUGGGACCCACAGAAAGCAGAGGAGAGGAGGAGACUGAGGGAGCAGGCAGCAUUGGAUGCGCAGUCAGCCAAUCAGACGGAGACACAGACGGCCUCUCCCAGCUCCAACUACAGGGACAAGUACAGCCACCUGAUUGGCACAUCAGCGGCCAAGGACGCCGCCCACACCCUGGAGGCCAAUCAGGCAUACGGAUGUGUUCCAGUCGCCAACAAGAGGGACACACGCUCCAUCGAGGAGGCGAUGAAUGAAAUCCGUGCCAAACGGCUGAAGAGAGGCGAGGAAGAGCGCGGAGCCACCAGCAGCUCCUGAGCGUGUGUGUGUGUGUGUGUGUGUGUGCGUGUGUGUGUGUGUGUGUGUGUGUGUGUGUGUGUGUGUGUGUGUGUGUGUGGAAGGAAGUACACUGAGAUCGAGCUGGCGAAGGCAAAAAGGGGAGGGGGGGGUGAUUUUAGAGUUUUUAAUUCCCAAAUUGUGUUAUUAUACCUCCGUCUCUAUCAAAGCCCACUGUUACUGGUGAUGCUGCAUCCUCACAUGCAGGAGAGAUGCACCCUGGGAGAAACCUGCACUUGCUCUGUGUUUGUCCCCUACCCUACUAGUUGUCACUGUAACCUAUAGCCCCGCCAUCUUCCUGAAGUCAGUGUGUGCUUUUCCUCAUGAAAUUGCUUUUAACUGCUAGCGAGCUGGAAGGGGGGGGGGCAGGGGGGCAGGGGGGCAGGGGGGCAGGUGGUAGUCUUGAAUGCUUUGGUUCCUUUUAUUUUUUUUAAAUAGCCUGUGAAUUCUGAAGAGCUCUUUAAUUGAGUGGAGUCAUUUUUUGAUCACUGCCGCCCCCUAGUGGCGGGUUACUGUAACGUAGGGAGGUUCUGAAGCGUUUUUAACUGUCCAGCUGCCAGUGAAUCUACCCUCGUAUUAAACUUUGUCGUUGUCGAGUCUUUUUUUUCUUCUUUUUUUUUUUUCUUUAGUUUAAAAUGUUAGUAUUGGUCCUAAUUAACGUUCCUCUCGACCUUAUCGAUGUGGGAGCGGACGGCUUGAUGUGUGUUUGUGUGUGUGGACGAGAAUAGGUGGUUGUCGUUUUCUCCUCUCAAUCUGCUUUUCUUCGUUCUUUUAAAAUUUGAUUUAUGCCGUUGUUUGGGCCGGAGAAGACGUCUCUCCUCCGAAGCGUCCUGUGGGCGCAUACGUGGUUAAACGGCUGCAGGUCUGGAUGGUGCAGCAGAUUAUGUGAUUUCAAGAAGGAAAGGGGGAACGAUGUGUAAUUUUGAGUCUUUAAAACGAGAGCGUGAAGAAACGGGUCUGAUGAGAAGGUUAAUGUUGACGCAGGUCGGGAGGCAGUGGCGGGAGCACGCCCCCUGGUGGCUCGUCCAGGAACGAACAGUGAAACCUGUUUACUGUGACGCCGCUACACUGCUUCUUUUCUCUUUUAAAAAUGAAAUAAAUAAAUAAAUCUCUAGUCUCUUAUUUUCUCAUCCCUGCCCUGUGACAGGUGGGGUGAUUUUCAGCAUUUUACUGUUGUGUGCUUCCCUUUUACCUAAACAGUAACUUAUUGGCACAUUUAUAGCGUUUUUGUUUUCUGCUUGUAUGUAUUUCUGGAUGAAUAAAGAGGCUGAGAAACGG